AUUUAUCAAUGACAACAAUUUUCAAUCAACAAAAUGGCGUUUUAUACAAGUUUUACUUGUUAUUCUAAUAAUAACUGCUAUUACUUUAUAUAUUCUACCAAUGAAAUUCGUGACAUAUCCAUUUUCUAUCACUUCUAAAAAUCAACACGCUAUAACAACAAUUACUGCACAAAAAACUAAGAUAUAUUGUAUCGUAUAUCUGAAAGAUCGUUCGGGUCGUCUUGGUAAUCGAAUGUUCAUGAUUGCUAGUGCUUAUGGUCUUGCUCGUCUUCAUUCUUGUCAUCUAUAUUUAACACCAGAAAUAAUCAAUGAAAUGAAUGCAAUAUUUAUUCUUAAUCUUUCUCCUUUUCUUAUUUCAUCAACCAUCUUCAACUCAAUUAUUCACAAUAAUUCAAAACCAAUGACUAAAAUAAGUAAGAAUGUCGUUUGUCAGUAUAUUCCUGAAUUGACACGUCCAAAUGCAAUUUCAUCAGGAUGUAUAUUUGAAUUAAAAGGUUUUUGGCAAUCAUAUCUUCAUUUUGCUAAAUAUAAUGAUGAUAUUCGAGAACGUAUAUUUGUCGCAAUACAAUCUGUACUCAAGAAAGUUUCGAAAUUAUUCAUUAAUAUUUAUGAAAAAAAGUUUAAUUUCAAACCUCAAUUUUCAUUAGAAAAUCAUCAAUCAUUUAAAAAACAAUUAGUUCAAUCAAAUUGGACAACAUGGAUUGGAAUUCAUGUACGUCGUAAAGACUUUGUUCUCUUAAAUUAUUCUUCAACUGAUGAAUAUUUAUUUACUGCUAUUGAUUAUUAUAUAAAACGUUAUUCAAAUGCCUAUUUUAUAGUUGCUAGUGACGAUAAAUCUUAUUGUAAAAAUCUAUUUCAUAAUCGAUCAAAUAUUUUUGUUACACCACAAUCAUUUUCGAUGAGUGAUGAUUUAAUUACACUUUCACUUUGUGAACAUUCAAUCAUAACAGGUGGAACAUUUGGAUGGUGGACAGGUUAUCUUGCUAAUGGUCAAGUAAUUCAUGAUAAAGUAUAUCCAUCUGGAUGUGAAAGACGUGAAUAUUACUAUCCACCAUGGUUUCUGAUAGAUGGAAAUGUUCGAGCACAUAAAAAUAGUAAAAAUAUUUUGUAA